AUGGAUAUAAACAAAAAUGAGGACAAAAAUCUAGUAAUGUUGGAUAGAAUGAAUGUUGAAUCUUCCUCUAAAGAGGAAGCAAUUAGAGUGUGCACUCGUAUCAGGCCUCUAUUUGAAAAGGAAAUAAAUAGUGGACAUCUAAAAGCUUGGAAAAUGAAUGAAACGAGCAUGCAGCUAGUUGUUGAACCACUUUCUCUGACAGAAAUGUUAAAUGCAAGAAUUAAUAAAAAAGGGAAUAAAACUGAAUUUAAAAAGAAUGUAGAAAAAUCGGAGGGACAAAAAGCUGUUGUACAACGAUAUUACGCAUUUGAUAGAUGUUUCGACGAUUUUGUUGGGAAUGAAGAAGUGUAUAAACAUUUAGCGAGAGACAUUAUCCUUGAUACAUUUAAAGGAAUAAAUGGAUGCAUUCUUGCUUAUGGUCAAACAGGGUCAGGAAAGACCCACAGUGUUAUGGGAGUUCCUGCUGAUCCGGGAAUGUUACCUAGAUCAUUGGCAGAAUUUUUUAAUGGUAUUGAAAACCCGUCAUCUCUAAAUGAAGAUAAUGUUAGUAUUAAUACUGAUGAUGAAUCAAAUAAUAAUACAAAAGAAUUUUUAAUGAGUGUGACUUAUUUAGAAGUUUAUAUGGAAAGGGUGAAUGAUUUAUUACAAGAGGGAUACCGAGGGGGGGCAACUGAAAACUUAGACGUAAAGGAGGACCCGAAAAGGGGUUUUGUUGUGAUUGGUAUUCAAGAAGAAACCGUUACAUCAAUAGAUGAAGUAAUGCUCCUGGUUGCAAAAGCAGAACAAAGAAGACAUAUUUCUCAAACAAACUUUAAUGAAACAUCUUCUAGAUCACAUACAAUUUUUACUGUUAUAUUAGAAUCUAAUCAAGUAUUAAGUGAUGGUACAUCUGUUAAUAAAAGGGGUGAAUUAAAAAUCGUUGACUUGGCAGGUAAUGAAAGAGCAGGAAGAGCUGCUGAAGGGAUAGAAAAUGCGAAAACGAUUAUCGAAGAAGGGAAAGCAAUAAAUAAAAGUUUAUUUGUUUUAAGUGAGGUCAUUUCGAAAUUAUCAAAAAGGGCUCAAGCUAUUGCUGCGGGUGAUGAAAAAAAAAUUAAAAAAAUACAGGAAGAUUUGGUUUUCAUCCCUUGGAGGGAUUCAAAGUUAACAAGAAUUUUAAGUAAAAGUUUAGGAGGAAAUUGUCGAGCAUCUGUCAUUGUAGCUGUUCAUCCUUCUCAUUUCUAUUUGGAUACAUCCUUUUCAACUCUACGUUUUGCUUUGAAAUGUAAAACAAUUAAGAAAAAAAUAGAGAUCAAUUAUCUAUCAGCAGAACAAUCUGUUAUUAUGCAACAGAAAGAAUUAAUAGCCAAGUUAAAAAAUCAGUUGAAGCAUCUAUCAACAGCUAAAAAUGUGGAUUUGCAUUUAUCAGGGGAAGAUAAAAUUUAUGCAAAUAAUAGUAGAAAUCCUGAAGACGAUGAAAAAAUUUUGGCUUUAAAAAAUGAAUUAGAAGAAAAAGUAAAAAAGUUUCAAAAUUUUAUAUUAAAAUCAGAAUUUAAUGUAAACCCAAAUAAUUACAGAACAUUAAGGUCGAUCGAUGCUAACACAGAAAAAUCAUUAAAAUAUUCAAUGACCAUUUCUACUAACUUAAAAAAUGAAUACAAUUGGUUAAGAUCAUUUGAUACACAUGAAUAUGAUUCCAAAUGGGAAGGAUUAGAAAAAUACGAAGAUCAGAAUGAACAAGAAAAAUUGAAUAUAUCUAAAGCCAUGGAUUAUUUAAAGAAUAAAUCUCCAUAUAAAAUGAAUUCCUCUGAAAUUAGUGAUGACGAUGUGUUAUCCUAUGGGUCGCAAAAGGAUGAUUCGAUUUCUUUGAAUUAUUACAACGAAUUAGACGAAUUAGAAAAGUUGGAAAAGAAUGAAUUAACAAGAAGUACAAAAAAGAAAAAAGAUAAAGGGGAUGUAGCUAAUAAAGUAUAUGAUCAGUUCAGCAAGCUAAGCACAAUGGAGUAUAAUAAUAACAAUAUUUUGAAUGAUGAAGAAGAAAAAUCAGAAUUUAAAGGAAAAAAAAGUAAGAAGAAAAAGGGCAAAAAAAUAAAUAAUAAUGUAGAAAACAAUAAGGAUACGGCGGAAAACGCCAAAAAAAGAGAUAAAUUAAGAAUGAAGAGUAAUAAUAAAGCAUCUUCUAACAGUUUUAAAAAAAAAAAAAAUGCUACUAGUAAAAACAAAAAAAAAGAAUCAUUCGAAAGGAGUAGUAUUAAACAGAUUAAGGGAGAAGACGUGCAAGGGGGUGUUUCUUCGUUAAAGUGUAAAGAGGAAGACAGUGGUAAUAGUAAUAGUACUAAUGGUAAUGAUAACAAUAACAGUUAUAGUAACGGUAACGCUAAUGGUACUAAUGUGGAUACAGAAGCAGAAAAAAAGGACGCAAACGAUCCCAUUCUAUCGAAACAGCAGUCUUCUCUAAAUUUUACGCAAGACAAAGAACGAGACAAAGAACGGGACAAAGAACGAGACAAAGAACGAGACAAAGAACGAGACAAUAAUGAAAAACGAACCUCUAUAAUAUCAAAUUUAAAGGAAAAAAUUGAAGAAGACCUAAAGAAGAAGAAGAAAAUAAUCCAUAGAAAUAUAGAACUUAACAAACAAAUAAAAUUUAUUAUGAAGCUUAUGCAGAAGGUUGGCUUAUCCGCUAUAUUAACUGGAACAGUACCUCCGGGAAGAAAUAUAGAAAAUAUUUUAAAAUUACAAGAGAAUUUAAAGGAUGAUUUAAAAUUAUGUGACAGUAAGAAAUCAUUGGACUUGUUAAAUAGAAAUAUUAACAACAAUACGAAGGACCCUAAUACACGUUUUAACAUCCCUAUUAAGGAUGAUAAUGAGAUGGAAAAUGAAAAAGCAUUAUUAAAGGAUCCUAUGAAUAAUGAUGAAAAUGAAACGGAAUAUAAUGAAACCAUAUCACAUGUAUUUAUUAAUGAAAUGUUUUUUUACUUUAUACUUAGAAUACAACAGAGAAAUAAUUCAAAAGAUGGAUAUUUAGAAAAUGUAGAAGAAACACUAAAAAAAGAAGAUAAACCUUACGAUGUGUCUAAAAAGGCACUAGAAGAUAUAUUAGGAAAUUCAAUCGCAAACAAAAUAAUCGAACGGGAUGAAUACAAUACCCGUGAUGUGCACAGUACUAUUAAUACUAUACACGACACUCGCGAUAUUCGUGAGUGUUGUAAUGAUAUGAACUUUUCAAAAGAUCGUAAGGAUGAGAAAAAUGAAAAAACAAUUGACUCUAUUUUAAAUAUGCUAACUCCAUGGGAGCAGAAAAUAUUAGCCCUUUUAUAUGAACAACAAAAAAUGAGGCAAAGUGUACAAAAGAUUAAAGAAAAUUUUUCUCAACGCAUUCAAAAUAUUAACGUUUUUAUAAAAAAAAUACUAAUUGACAAGGUCGAAGUGGAGAAGCAUUUUAAUCGUAUUAUCAAAGCAACGGAACGCUACAAAGAUGACAUGUUAAAAACGUCUGAUGUUGAUUCUAAUUUUAAGUUUGCUGGUUUGAUGAAAAAGUUAGAAGAAUUAUCUAUAUCACUGGCAGAAAAAACUAGAGAUUUCAAUGUGUUAGCUGAAUUUCAUUUAAAUUUAAGAAAAGAAAUUGAAAAAAAAAAUUCUAAAAUUAAAGAGUUACAAGAAGAAAAUAAAUUAUUUUACCUUGUCCCAAUGUAUGCUGAUUUGUUACAAGAGCUGGAUGAACAAGAGGAAAAGAACAAAACAGUGAAAGAGUUGAAGAAGGAAUUUCUCUUAAUAUAUGGACGUUUAAUGCUUACUAAAAAGAAAUUACAAGAAAAAGAAGUUAUAGAGCAUGAUAUGAGAAAUUUAAAUAAAAAAAUUUAUACUGAGCUAAUAGAAUCCAUAUCUAUUAUAAAAAAUUUAGAAUCUCAAAAUAAAUUCUUAGAAUUUAAAUUAAAUAUGGAGAAUAAGAAAAAAGUGGAAAAAAUUAAAAAGCUGUUAAACGAAAAAGAAAAAUUGAAUAAAGUUAUAAAUGAAAUGGAAAAGAUGCUCCAAGAUGCUAAUAUAGAUACGAGCGAAAUGAAAAAUGAAAUACUCGAAAAUUUAAACAAUAAUAGUAAUAGUAAUAGUAAUAAUAAUAAUAAUGAUAAUAGUAAUUACAUAUCCAUAAAUUACCUAGAGAGCGAAGAAGAAAAUAGUCAUGAAAAAAAAGACUUAAAGGAAGGUGGAAAGGAGAAAACAAAGAAAAAAAAAAAUAAUAAACUAAACCAAAUUGUAAAGAAGAAAAAAAAGGAAUUAAAUGAUAAUGCAGUUAUGGAUAAAUUAUCAAAUAAAAUAGAAAAAAAAAAUAAAGAGAAUCACUAUUACAAUCGCGGUUAUUCUGUAGAAAAAAUGAUGAAGAAAACCUCAAAAAAAAUAGAUACAAACUUGAAUAUAAAAAAGAUAUAUAAAAAAAAAAUUAAAGACUCUGAGGAUAAAAGUGUUUUAAAUGAUUUGUGUGAAGAUAAGGAUAAUGAUGUAUCGUUAGUAAAACAAAAAAAAUUAGAGAUCAACAAAAAAUAUGGGAAAAAGAAGAUUAAAAAAAAAAGUAAAAAUACACAAGACAAUGAUGAUGGGACCGAUGAACUAAUUUUAGAUGAGCUAAAAUCGAAUUAUAGUAUUAAAAAAAAAAAAAAUAUUGAUACUAAAAGGAAAAAAGUAGAAAAUCCUUUGAGCGAAGUGAAAAGCUUAGAAGAACAUAAAUCAAGUAACAUCAUUAUUAACAAAAAAAAAAAAAUGAAAAAAAGAAAUAGUAGUAAAGGGAAAAAAAGAAACCUACUGAAAUAUUUAAAUAAAGAGAGUAAUCAGAAGGAAAAUAUGGAAACAGUAUUAUCUGAAGAAAAUUCCUGUCACUCAUACAAAAAUGAUAAUUCUACAACGGACAAUGAAACUAGUGAAAUUCGUCAUAUGCUAAAUAACGAAAUUGAAAAGAAAAAAGACAAGAUAAGAAGAGAUAACAUAAAUAAGUCAUAA